AUGAAGACACCGAGGGGCGGCCUCCCGGCGCUGCUGCUGCUGCUGCUGCUGCUGGGUCCUCCUGAUGUCUCCCAGGCCCAGGACUGCACCGGACCCUCGGCCGGGUCCAUCCCGGGCAUCCCGGGCAUUCCUGGGUCGCCGGGCUCUGACGGGGCCCCUGGGACCCCGGGGACAAAGGGAGAGAAAGGGCUGCCAGGGCUCGCUGGAGACCACGGCGAGUUUGGAGAGAAGGGGGACCCGGGGACUCCCGGGAAGCCAGGAAAAGUCGGCCCCAAGGGCCCCGUGGGCCCCAAAGGCGCCCCAGGGCCCCCCGGCCCCCGAGGCCCCAAGGGCGAGUCGGGAGACUACAAGGCCACCCAGAAGGUCGCCUUCUCGGCCGCCCGGAAGAUCAACACACCCCUGCGGAGGGACCAGAUGAUCCGCUUCGACCACGUGAUCACCAACGUGAACAACAACUACGAGUCCCGCAUGGGCAGGUUCACCUGCAGGGUGCCCGGCCUCUACUACUUCACCUACCACGCCAGCUCCCGCGGGAACCUGUGCGUGAACCUCAUGCGCGGCAGGGAGCGCAUGGAGAAGGUGGUCACCUUCUGCGACUACGUCCCCAGCACCUUCCAGGUCACCACGGGGGGCGUCGUCCUCAAGCUGGAGCAGGGCGAGAGCGUCUUCCUGCAGGCCACCGACAGGAACUCCCUGCUGGGCAUCGAGGGUGCCAACAGCAUCUUCUCCGGGUUCCUGCUCUUCCCGAACCCGGAGGCGUGA